CAAUGACAAGACUCACUCUGCUCGCAGGCUUUUGCCUGUUAUUUAUUCAUCUUGGUUCAGCCUAUCAACUUGUAUGUUACUUCACUAACUGGGCCCAGUACAGACCUGAUCCUGUGAAGCAUGUGCCUAGCAACAUUGAUCCCUUCCUGUGCACACAUCUGAUCUACGCAUUCUCCAUCAUUAACUCUGCGAAUCAGCUAGCGACCUACGAGUGGAACGAUGAGACUCUUUACCAAUCAUUCAAUAGUCUGAAGCAAAGCAAUCCAAGCUUGAAGACACUUUUGGCUGUUGGAGGAUGGAACUUUGGUUCAACACAAUUCUCUAUCAUGGUGUCUACAAAAGAAAACAGAAAUACAUUCAUCCAGUCCUCCAUCAGCUUUUUGAGAAAAUAUGGAUUUGAUGGGCUGGAUCUAGACUGGGAGUAUCCUGGAGCCCGCGGUAGCCCUCCAGAGGAUAAGCAAAGAUUUACUCUGCUCUGUCAGGAACUUCAACAGGCCUAUAAGAAUGAAAGCAUUGCUACAGGAAAUCCCCAACUUAUGGUCACAGCUGCAGUGGCUGCGGGAAAAGCAACCAUAGAUGCUGGAUAUGAAAUUGCUGAGAUUGCCAAGUACGUGGACUUUAUUAGUGUGAUGACCUAUGACUUUCAUGGGUCUUGGGAGAGUUUCACUGGCCACAACAGUCCUCUUUAUCAAUGGUCUCAGGAAACAGGAGAGCAAAUCUUUCUCAAUACUAAUUUUUCCAUGACAUACUGGAAUAAUCAGGGUGCUCCAGUAGAGAAGCUGAUGAUGGGUUUUGCUACAUAUGGCAGAUCUUUCCGACUGUCAUCUGCAGCAAGUGGACUGGGAGCUCCAACAAGUGGCCCUGGAUCUCCUGGCACCUACACCAGAGAGUCAGGCUUCUGGUCUUAUUAUGAGAUCUGCAGCUUUCUUCAAGGAACCAGCAUACAAUGGAUUCAGGAUCAAAAGGUACCCUAUGCGACAAAAGCUGAUCAAUGGGUUGGAUUUGACACAAAGGAGAGCUUUGAUACGAAGGUCACUUAUUUGAAAAAUAAUAAUUUUGGAGGGGCUUUUGUGUGGUCUUUGGAUUUGGAUGAUUUUACUGGAAAGUUCUGUGGUCUGGGAACAUACCCUCUCAUCAGUGAGCUCAAGAGUCUCCUAAACAAUGAAGCUCCUUCUGUUCCUCCAUCAAAAGCUCUGACUGAUCCUCCAACUAAAGCUCCUGCUAUUCCUUCUACCGAAGCUUCUUCUUCUGCAGAUCCACUUCAGUAUUGCACAGGCAAGGCUGAGGGCAUCUACCCAAAUCCAUCCAAUAACAAAUCUUUCAUCCUAUGUGCUGCUGAGAGAAUGUUUGUUAUGCCCUGUCCUGCUGGCACCAUCUUCGACAUGAGCUGCAAAUGCUGCAACUGGCCAUAAAACUACCACACUCAGUUUCUAAACAUGUAGACAUGAUUUCAAUUACAUUUUUCACACAUUAGUAAAACAGCACAUACUUUUUUGUACAUAUCUACACACCUGGACUGAUACUUGUACAAGCAUUUUAUUACUAUCUCUGUAAAAAAUAUCAUACAUGUAAAUUUUGUAUGUAAUUUUUUUUUCUUAUAGGAUUUAAUUAUAUCCAGUAUUUUUUCUACUUUUUUUUAUAGUAUGCACAUGAAAAAAAAUUAUAUAACAUAUUCAUGAAACUUAUAAUUCUCUGUAAUGUCAAUUGUAUCAUUCCAGAAUUAACAAUUGCUAAAUAAUUGCAGUAAAUAGUAUUAUAUAGUACAUGCAAUAAUAACAAUUGCAGUAAAAAUAUAUAUAUAUUAUUUUUUUGUCUAAACCAAAAAAUAAAAAAUGUUAAAUGAUAACAUUGUCUCAAAGCAGCAUUACAGAGAUAAAGCAGUUAUAUAUAUUUGUUCCUUAUAAUCUUAAGUUUAAAUCAGUGCAUUAAAAAGUUUCCUGGUGCACAGUAAUGCAAAGCAACACCUGUGCAUUUUAAUCAGUAGUUUUGACUCUACAAAACUCCAGUUUACUGUGUUAUUUUGAUAAUGUACUUUCCUGCAGAAAUAAAACAAAAUGUGUCAAGCCCCAAAUGGCAAAAUAUUAUGCAUUUAUUGGUUAAUCAAAUCAAAUGUUUUCUUGUGUCAUCCUGUGCCUCCAAUUACUUGUGCAUUUUGCUGUUUGGAAAGAGGCUAGAAUUCACUUAUCCA